GGUAGCUUGUAGGUACCUACAUACGCAGUAGGUAUAUUGUUUACAUGGUACCCUGGUAGUACUAGGCAGCUCGUCGGUGAUGCCACAACGCCACAGCAGCCACGGAAGCCUGUUAAAUACCAUCCACAGAGGCGGUCAUCUUCAUCUCCAAUUGGAUAGGCAGUUGUAGACGCAAAUAACCACCUGCACCACAGUCCCUCCUCGACGACGGCGCCGACAGCGAAACACACACUACCCGUUAGCCAGUUCGCAGACUCGUCGCCUGCUCAUCAACAUGCCCAGCUCCUGCAAAGAAAUAAGAGCGGCGCUGGCCGAGUGCCUUCAGGAGUCGGAGUGCGUCAUGGUGCAGCGGCACACGGCGGCGGAGUGCCUGCGGUCGCCGCUGGCCGAGGCGCUGCCGACGCGGUGCCGGCAGCUCAAGAAGGGCUUCGGCGAGUGCCGCCGCGGCAUGAUCGACAUGCGCAAGCGCUUCCGCGGCAACCAGCCCAUCACCUUCAAGAGCCUCGAGAGCACCGAGCGCUCCGGCGACGGCUACCAGCUCUACGCCGGCCGCUCCGCCUUCGCCGGCGCCGCCCACCGCACCGACGGCGACGAGCCCGAGCCCCCCGACUGGCGCCAGCUCGAGAACGAGAAGUACCGCCGCGAACAGCAGCGGCAGCAGCGCCAGGACGCCGCCGCCGCCGCCGCCGCCGACCCCUCCAAGCCGUGAACCCGGCCGCGCCGGCUACGGUCGUUCUAGGAGACGACUUACCUACGUG